ACAAAACAAUGGCAUCCGGCAACAAUCUAGCAGUGCUAGAAGCUCUCGACACUGCCCGGACUCAAUGGUACCAUGUGAAAGCUAUCGUGAUCGCCGGUAUGGGUUUCUUCACAGAUGCUUAUGAUCUCUUCUGCAUCACAACCGUGUCCAAACUCUUGGGCCGCCUCUACUACUAUGAUCCUACUUCCGGCAAGCCGGGAAAUCUCCCCCACGGCAUCAACAACUUGGUCACCGGUGUAGCCUUAUUCGGAACUCUCAGCGGCCAGCUUGUGUUUGGUUGGCUCGGUGACAAACUUGGCCGCAAGAAAGUGUAUGGGAUCACUCUCAUCCUCAUGGCAAUUUGCGCCAUUUGUUCAGGCCUGUCGUUUGGGUCCACCUCCGGUUCUGUGAUCGGAACCCUUUGCUUCUUCAGAUUUUGGCUUGGUUUUGGCAUUGGCGGCGACUAUCCUCUUUCCGCCACAAUCAUGUCGGAAUACGCUAACAAAAAGACUCGUGGGGCGUUUAUUGCGGCGGUUUUCGCCAUGCAAGGCGUUGGGAUUAUAUUUGCCGGCUUGGUUUCCAUGAUUCUUUCGGGUAUCUUCCUUGAAAUUUAUCCCGCACCCAGUUUUAAAGAUGAUCAUGUAUUCUCUACACAACCGGAAGCUGAUUAUCUAUGGCGGAUUGUGCUCAUGUUUGGUUCUUUACCGGCUCUUUUAACAUAUUAUUGGCGGAUGAAGAUGCCGGAAACCGGUCGUUACACUGCAAUUAUUCAAGGGAAUGCUAAACAAGCGGCGGCCGAUAUGGGUCGAGUUCUCGAAAUCGAACUCGAUGUUGAGUCAGAUAAGCUUUCACAAUUCAAAGCGGCGAACCAAUACACAUUACUAUCACACGAGUUCUUUAGACGCCAUGGGUAUCAUCUGAUCGGUACAAUGAGCACUUGGUUCUUGUUGGAUAUUGCUUUCUACAGUCAAAACCUAACCCAAAAGGACAUAUUCCCAGCCAUUGGUUUAACCAAUAAAGCUCCAGAUAUCAACGCCAUUAGAGAAGUGUUCGAGACCUCGCGUGCCAUGUUCGUUGUUGCUUUGCUUGGUACAUUCCCAGGGUACUGGCUCACUGUACUUUUCAUAGAAAAGAUCGGUCGUUUCGUCAUCCAACUGGUUGGAUUCUUCAUGAUGUCCAUCUUCAUGCUCAUUCUUGGCGUCAAAUACGAUUAUCUCAGGGAUCAUAAUAAGUUCCUGUUCGUUCUUCUUUAUGGGUUAACGUUCUUUUUCGCCAACUUUGGCCCCAACAGUACAACCUUUGUGCUGCCGGCGGAGCUGUUCCCGACCAGGGUGCGGUCCACUUGUCAUGCGCUGAGUGCGGCGUCAGGGAAGGCCGGAGCCAUGAUCGGAGCUUUCGUUGUACAAACAUAUACGUUGGAUGAGAAUGUUAAGAAAAUCAAGGCUGCCAUCGUCGCUUUGGCCUUUACAAAUAUGUUGGGAUUUUGUUUCACAUUCCUGGUCUCGGAAACCAAAGGACGAUCUUUAGAAGAAAUUUCAGGCGAGGAUGGUGGUGGCGGUGGCGACCAAAAUGAAACUCGGAUGGCUGCCACCGUAUCGGUUUCUAUGCAUGGAAACGGCCGCUUUGAAGAGAUUUGA